UUUCCCUUCCCACGGGUCAGGAGCAUAAAAGCCCGCAGGGGACGCGCCCCGCAGUGUCACCAUGUCCCCGCUGUGCCCACUGCUGCUGGUCCUCGCCCUGGUGGCGGUCCCCGGUGUCCGGGGCGCCUGCCCCGCGCCUGCCGACCUCAAGAACUCCGACGGGACAAAGACCUGCGCCAGGUUCUACGACAAGAGCGACCCUUACUAUGAGAAGUGCUGCGCAGGCGCCGAACUGGCUGUGGAGCCGGGCACCGACCUCCCCUUCCUGCCUUCUGACUGGACGAACGUCAUCUCCUCGCUCGUGGUGGCCCCGCGCUGCGAGCUCACCGUGUGGUCCCUCCGCGGCAAGGGCGGCAAGUCUCGCAAGUUCACCGCCGGCGCCUACCCGCGCCUUGAAGAGUACCGCCGGGGCAUCCUGGGCCACUGGUCCAACGCCAUCUCCUCCAUCUACUGCAGGUGUUACUGAUGCCUGAGGAGCUCCUCAUCUCCAGCCCCCACAGAGUGCUGAGCCCUUCACCUGGCCUUGUUCCUGGGACUUGCUGAAGGUCCCAAGCCCCAAAUGGAGAGGGCUUCCUGCCUGCUCCCUGACCCUGCCUUCCUUGCAAUACAGCCCUUAUGAAGUUGUCCCUAUCGGCCAUCUGCUUGUGUCUGAGACCCAAGCCCACACAGACGGGGGUGGGAUGGGAGACAGCAGGGUGGUCAUGCCAGGAGCAGCCCAUACCUGUGACAAUGCUAUGGAGGGGGACACACUCAGAGAUCCUGACACUGAUUUAGGCAUGCACAAAGACGCCGCCACAGGACACGUGUAUGCAUGCAGAGGUACCGCUGGCUAAGAGUUAAACACUGCUAUGCUUCCCACACUAUUUGGGAGACAACCCUUCCCUGAGUGCCCCCCAGCUGUUUGGCCUGCCUGGGACCCCCAGAUUCAGGAUCCAUGCCUGAGUGCAGGUGGCCUUCAUGGACCUGCCGCAGCCUAGGGCCAGGGUCUGCUGUGGGGUCUGGCCAGAGCCUAGGACCUACAGGUCAUUAAAUAAUCUCAAUCCUCCUCCUCCUCCUCCUGACACAUGGAAGACACUUUAGUUCAGAUUUCCAUAUUUCUUCAAAUUUGAAUUUGCAACCUAUUCCCACCCUACCCCCAGGGUUAAGGGCCCUGGAUGAGUACCUGGGUCUGGGGGCCUUUCAAAGAAGCUAAAGGAAAGACAUAAAGUCUUGGGGGAAGAAAAGGUAUGGGGACAGCUCUGGGGGGAUGAUCCCUUGGGUUUGGAG